UUCAUAUAUAGCCGCCUCUUGAGGAAAUAGGCUCACAUGUCAAAGUGAAUAUAUGUGGAGAGAAUCCAACCUGCUAAUAUAGGAAUUGGAAGUUGUCUUCUCACCGCGUCAGUCACCGACUCACCAUUCCACGCAGUUACCAUCCAGGUCCCUUCACCUUUUCCCUUUUCCUUUUCCUUUUCGUGUGAUGGGAAUCUCAAGAUUUUCUCGCCACCCCUCAUUCAAUGGUGUUAGUUUAGUUUAGUUUAGUUAGUUCGUUCUAGUUUCUCCACCUAAGGCAUAAGGAGAAGACCUCUCCAGAGUCCAGACAGCUCUUCAAGUCAAGACCCAGAAGCUAAAUUCUCUUCUGAGAUCAAACCCAGAUUCUAUAUUGGACUCUGGGGUUUUCUGAUAGAUUAAAUCAGGACUGAAAGCAAAGAAAUAGAAUUUAUGGCGUUUUCGAAAAGUGAUCAUGGAGAUGAAGAUCGGCCUCGUCUCUAUAACCCCUACCAAGAUCUGCAUCUACCGGUUCAGACCCUUUAUAAGCUCCCGACCUCCCCCGAAUUCCUUUUCCAAGAAGAGUCCCUUGUGCAGCGCAGAUCCUGGGGUGAGAAUCUUACGUAUUACACCGGCUGUGGGUAUCUCGCUGGAGCUAUCGCCGGCGCAGGCAAGGGUUUUGUUGAAGGCGUCAAGGCGUUUGAAGAGGGCGACAACUUGAAACUCCGGACCAAUCGCAUCCUCAACGCCUCCGGUCACUCUGGCCGUCAAUUCGGUAACCGAGCUGGCAUUAUUGGCUUGUUGUACGCGGGACUGGAGAGCGGACUCGUCGCCGUCAGAGACACGGAUGACGUCGUGAACAGUGUCUUGGCCGGUCUUGGUACCGGAGCCCUGUAUAAGGCGGCGUCAGGGCCAAGGUCGGCCGCUGUCGCCGGCGCUAUUGGAGGGCUGAUGGUCGGAGCUGUUGUCACUGGGAAGCAGGUUUUGAAGAGAUACGUUCCCAUCUAGGGUUUCUUCUUCUCCUUCCUUCUUCCUCUUCCGUUGGGUAUUCUUAAUAACUUCUCAGAUUUGAAAAAUUGAAAUAUACACGUCACCGAUUUAUAUUUUCUUUCCCCCUUCCAUCUCCAUGUAAUUUGUGGAGUGCGUGGAUGUUGUUGAAUAAUUGAACCAUCUAUGUACGGGAAGAAACAUUCUAUUCAAAAGUGCUUUUCUGGGCUUAGAUAAA